CGUUUCACAAUAACAUUUGGUUUAAUGUAUAACUUGAAAUUAUUGUAUUUUAUCACACUGUGGAAGCUUAUUGUAUUUAAGUUUUGAAUACACAAAUAUUUAUGGUAUAAGACAAGUAAUUGAGAAAACAGUUCAACUACGAUAACUGAUGACGAGGACUGUCAUCACUAACAUUUAAAUGAUUAAACGUUAUUGCAUCUAACUAACUAAAAAUGAUUAAAACAGCGAUUCAUCUUGUUGCUCUAAUGGUUCAUCACAACCUUUUACAGCCGGCCGGUGCUGUCAUUUACACAUACGAGGAUGUCGAGUUGAGAAGAAUAUUCCCGAACGAAUUUCCACAAGAUACUGUCCGGAAGACUGGGCUCGUUGAUGCUGAACACUUGGGUCGUUACGCUGAACUCCGACAUUACUUUCUGCAUCCGAAGUCUGCACUAAACAGCCCUUUUGAAGAAUUGGUUUGCUAUGGCGAACAAGGAAAAAUGAUGUGCCACAUAGACGUAAACCGAUUUUCCUCAGCGGAGAGCGCAUACGCCAUGUCUCAGAAACAAGAAAGUCACAUUGAUCGUCGAAGAGUAUAUUGUAUAUUUCUCCUCUGCUUUUCUCUUGAGGAACUAGAAAAAGUUGUUACGACAUUUUAGAAUAAAUUUUAUCAUCAUGUCAUGAA